AUGGAGCUGUUGAAUUUCAAAAGGCUUUUCAUGCUACUAAUUUACUACAUAUUUUCAAUCGCCGCCGCUCCUCACCAAGCAACGGCCCUUGAAUUGGCAAGCGCAACACGCCCGGCCAAUUUAACAGCGGAAGAACGAUCUACAGCCGAUGCCGCCACGCUAAAAUACGACGCGCAUAUUUUCAUGGAAUAUUUUCGCUGGCAUGGAGUACACAAUAUACUGUUGGUUGUCUGUCCAGAGGAUGUUGUCACUCCCGCUGGGUAUCAAAACUUGAAGUCUCUGUUAUUCGAAUUUAUUGCCAAUGGAUUUCCAACGCGUAUUUUCAAUGGCCAGGACUAUGACGACAGCGAGCAAAUUUGGCGGCUCUAUGGGUCCAACAUACUAACUAAGGCUACUACGAACGGUCCAACCACUGAAGGCUCUGCUGCAUUUGGUCCACCGCGCACAUUUCGAAGCGAUAAUAGUACACGUCGUCCAUUGCGUUUGCAUCUGCCGCCAUUCACCUAUAAAUCCGGUAUUCUGUUAUUGGAAUUCGCCAACGCCUGUGCGCUUAAUGUGCUACGCUGGUCCGCUGCCUCCGAAAACAACUACUUCACCACAAAUCGCUUUUGGUUGCUACUCACCGCUGAUGAGGCACAUAUUACACUACUCGAUGAUGAGGAAAUAUUUCUGCCACCUGAUGGUGAGGUGCGGGUUAUGGUGCGGCAGCCAGCAACGCAAUCCUUCGCGAUGCUCGAUGUGUAUAAAGUUGCCGCAGAAAAGCGUUUGAAAUAUGCUAAAAUGGGUGUGCCACAAAUGCGCGAUGUCAACGAUUUAUUGGAGGCGCUUCAAAAAUUUGGUUCAGCCAUUUCCUAUCGCCAAAACUUGGAGGGUAUCACCUUUAAAACGGGACUUGUUAUUGCCUUUCCCGAUUUGUUUACGAAUAUCGAGGAUAUAUCAUUGCGGCAUAUCGACACUAUUUCGAAAGUAAACAACCGGCUCACCAUCGAGUUGGCCAACAAAUUAAAUAUGCGCUUCAACACCCAUCAGGUGGACAAUUAUGGCUGGCACCAACCGAACGGCUCCUUCGAUGGCCUCAUGGGUCGCUUCCAACGCUACGAACUCGAUUUUGGACAAAUGGCCAUUUUCAUGCGUCUAGAUCGCAUUGCAUUAGUUGACUUUGUAGCGGAAACUUUUCGCAUACGCGCUGGCAUAAUGUUCCGCCAACCGCCUCUAUCCGCAGUGGCUAACAUCUUUGCCAUGCCUUUCGCACGCGAUGUUUGGAUAUCCAUACUGCUGUUAAUGAUCUUCACCAUAGGCAUAUUCAUGGUAGAGCUAUUGUACUCACCGGAGUCGCAUGAGAUUGGCAUACUCGAUUGUGUGGUCUUCGUUUGGGGCGCGAUGUGUCAGCAGGGUUUCUAUGCGAAUAUCUUCAAUCGAUCAGCGCGUGUCAUCGUUUUUACAACAUUUGUGUCAACGCUCUUCUUGUACACAUCAUUUUCGGCGAAUAUUGUUGCAUUGCUGCAAUCUCCUUCGGAGGCAAUACAAACUUUGAGCGAUUUAGCGCAAUCACCGUUAGAGAUUGGAGUGCAGGAUACUGUUUAUAAUAAAAUUUACUUCAAUGAAUCUACUGAUCCUGUCACAAAUCACUUGUACCACAAGAAAAUUGCACCAAAGGGUGAUAAUAUUUUUAUGCGUCCCACAGUUGGUAUGGAAAAAAUGCGCACAGGACUCUUCGCCUACCAAGUAGAACUGCAGGCUGGCUACCAAAUUAUCAGCAACACAUUUAGCGAGCCAGAGAAGUGUGGACUCAAGGAGCUCGAGCCCUUUCAGCUACCAAUGAUCGCCAUACCGACAAGGAAGAAUUUUCCAUAUAAGGAACUUUUCCGCAGGCAAUUGCGUUGGCAACGCGAAGUGGGUUUGAUGAAUCGUGAAGAGCUCAAGUGGUUUCCUCAAAAGCCCAAGUGUGAGGGCGGCGUUGGCGGUUUUGUUUCGAUCGGUAUCACAGAGUGUCGCUACGCGUUGGGUAUUUUCGGAUUUGGAAUGUUGCUUAGCGCGAUUUGCUUUCUAAUUGAAAUCGCUACAAACUAUGCUUGGAAUUUGGCGAAGAGAAUACACCAUAAUAAGAAGCGAAGGGAAGCAAACAACGGCGUUGUCGAUGAAUUCAUUGGGUAUUUAAAAAAAUAA